AUGGACGAGAAAGAAUCAACUUCGUCACCAGCGCCGACACACUCUCUGGCCCUGGCUAGCGGUAGCACGGUGCCUGCUGGAGAUACGUUGGGUCAACGCCGCCGCAUGUUGAAUGAUGAGACCUUACAGCUUCUCAACAAUCCGGUUUCUCACUAUGCUCGCACGCCGAUGGAUUUCCAAGUUGCAAAGUUGAUUGGUAUUAUUCUAGAGACCCAGGGGUUCAGCGUGUCGGCAGAGUUCUUGGACGAGCUCACAGAUCUUGCCUUGAUAUACUUACACCAAACAGUCGAUGGAAUCAAGAAGUUUACUGAGAUUCAAAGAAGAACAAAGCCCUCGUUGAACGAUAUAAGAUACUCGUUCAAUCUACGAGACAUCGAUUAUUCCGACCUUUACCGACUGGGAUUGGUUGGCAAGAAGGUCUACAACCUUCUGAAAGUACACAUCGAUGCUGUCAAUCAGGAAAGCUUACAGAAGUUGGUAAGUCUACAACAGGUGUCAUUUGAGCCUGAAAGUGAGCCGUUUUUCAUGAACCAAACAUACGAAAUCACCAGCUUGGUGCCCCGCCAUGUUGCCAAACCCAACUAUAUCCCCAGCUACUUUCCGGACUUCCCGCCAGACUACACAUUUCAAAACACUGCCAAUUACAGGGAUACCUUGACAGACAUGGAGAAGUUGAGGGUCAAGUUGGUGCAAGAGUCAAGGCUCACCGAGAAGUCUUUAUACAAUUUGAUCGAAGAAGACGUCAAAUAUGAUACGCCCAUGAGCGAAGACACCGAGUUAGAUAGUAUAAUGAGUCUGGAAAUGGAGACUCCAGGACCCCGGUUCGAAGAGCACAAACCCCCUGAGCUUCCCGAGUACGCUGACGACGCUGACGAUAACCCCGAUGGGAUUAUACAAGCGGAGGCCAAGAAGCAGCCUGUAGCCAGUGAAAAGCCGUUUGACGUGUUGGCAUAUGCUCAGAAAAGGUUGGAGAUAAAAGCACGUCGACUGCAAGAAAUCGAACAGACUCGCAAGAAGCGGGCCGCCAACAUAUACCUCCAAGCGGAGACGUACUACUCACCUUACGGAACAGAGUCUAUCACCUUGGAGAAACAGAAGGAGUUCGAUGGACUUAUUGAAAAGGAUCUCCAUCUUGCAAUGGUGUCCGUGAAGGCUGGAAUGGAGAACCAGAAACUUCAUAUUCAAGAGAUACUAGCCGAAAGGGCUAAGUUGGAGAAGCAAAGAGAAGCGGCCAAAGCUGCUGAUACCAUCGAAUUUGGCUUCAACUUCAACAACAACAGCAUUGACAGUGAUAGUGAUAGUGAUGCUGAUGGCGAAGACAUGCAAGAAAUACUCUUUGGAACUGAUACCAAAGAGAACUCCUUUCCCACCGAUAGGGAGACGAAAUCGCCCGAGUCGUCCAUGCCUCCAUCGUUUACUCCAUCUUCAGGGGCACUUGCUCCGGAGUCCUCUAUACCUGGGGCAUCUCCAGAACCCGAGCUUAAACUCAAGCUCAACUUCUCAGCCCCUGCUUCAACAGCCUUUGAGGCCCCAGAAAUCAGCUCUGAUGAUGAUGAGAUGGACUUUGAUGUUCUCGAUGGCUUGGGGUCUCCACCUCCUCAAAUGGCCAUAGACAAGCCUAGCGAUGGCAGCGACGCUUAA